AUGCGGUUCGGGUCCAAAAUGAUGCCGAUGUUUCUUACCGUGUACCUCAGCAACAACGAGCAGCACUUUACCGAAGUCCCCGUGACCCCAGAAACGAUAUGCAGGGACGUGGUGGACCUGUGCAAGGAGCCCGGCGAGAGCGACUGCCAUCUGGCCGAAGUGUGGUGUGGCUCAGAACGCCCCGUGGCCGAUAACGAGCGGAUGUUCGACGUCCUGCAAAGGUUCGGGAGCCAGAGGCACGAAGUGCGGUUCUUCCUGCGGCACGAGCGCCCCCCGGGCCGGGACCUGGUGAGUGGACCGCGGCCUCAGGAUCCCGCUCUGAAAAGAAACGGCGUGAAGGUUCCGGGGGACCAGCGGCGGAAGGAGAACGGGGUGAAUAGCCCUCGCAUGGACCUGACCCUCGCCGAGCUGCAGGAGAUGGCGUCGCGCCAGCAGCAGCAGAUAGAGGCGCAGCAGCAGAUGCUGGCGACGAAGGAACAGCGCCUGAAGUUUCUGAAGCAGCAGGAUCAGCGGCAGCAGCAGCAGGCCGCCGAGCAGGAGAAGCUCCGGAGGCUGAGAGAGAUCGCGGAGAGCCAGGAGGCGAAGCUGAAGAAGGUGCGAGCACUCAAAGGCCACGUGGAGCAGAAGAGACUGAGCAACGGGAAGCUCGUGGAGGAGAUUGAGCAGAUGAACAGCCUGUUCCAGCAGAAGCAGAGGGAGCUCGUGUUGGCCAUGUCCAAAGUCGAGGAGCUGACGAGGCAGCUUGAGAUGCUCAAGAACGGCAGGAUCGACGGCCACCAUGACAACCAGUCCGCCGUGGCCGAGCUCGAUCGGCUGUACAAGGAGCUGCAGCUAAGAAACAAACUGAACCAGGAGCAGAAUGCCAAGCUGCAACAACAGAGGGAGUGCUUGAACAAGCGCAAUUCAGAGGUGGCGCUGAUGGACAAGCGUGUGAACGAGCUGCGGGACCGCCUGUGGAAGAAGAAGGCGGCGCUGCAGCAGAAGGAGAACCUGCCCGUCUCGCCCGAUGGGAACCUGCCUCCGCAAGGCGUGUCGGCGCCGAGUCGUGUGGCGGCCGUCGGCCCCUACAUCCAGUCGUCCACCAUGCCCCGGAUGCCGGCGAGGCCGGAGCUGCUGGUGAAGCCGGCGCUGCCCGACGGGCCCCUGGCCAUGCAGCCGGCGGAGGGGCCCAUGAAGGUGCACACCCUGCCCCACAUGCGGUCCGGGGCCGCCGCCCAAGCCAAAGGCUCGAAGGUCCAUUCCCUUGGCCCCGACUGGAGUUCCCACGCAGACCUCUUCCCGAGCCAGGCCCCCGCCCCCGCCCCGAAAGGCACCGGGAGCGCGCCGGACCCAGCUGACGACGGGGAGGCUCCGCCCAGGGAGAAGGAGAAGAAAGUGCGGCCUUUCUCCAUGUUCGACACGGUGGACCAGGCGGCUGCGCCCCCCGCCUUCGGGUCCCUGCGGAAGAACCAGAGCAGCGAGGACAUCCUGCGGGACGCGCAGGCCGCAAACAAAAACGGGAAAGUACCACCUCCCGUCCCAUCAAAGCCCAAACAGAUCAACUUGCCUUAUUAUGGACAAACCAGCGCGUCCCCGCCGGACGUGAAGCCCGACGGGAGCCCUCAGCAGCUGCCCGCCGCCGCGGCGCCCGCGGGAAACAAGCCCAAGCCCGCGGGGCCGCCGCAGGAGAGCCCGCCGGCCGCGGCCGUGCGGCCCUUCACGCCGCAGCCCGCCAAGGACGCCGGCCUGCCGCCCUUCCGGAGGCCGCAGACGGUGGCGGCCAGCUCCAUCUACUCCAUGUACACCCAGCAGCAGGCGCCCGGGAAGAGCUUCCAGCAGGCCGUGCAGAGCGCCCUGACCAAGGCGCAGCCCCGAGGCCCGCACUUCCCCAGCGUCUACGGCAAGCCCGUGGUCGCUGCCCCAAACCAGCCGCCCCCGGACGGCCUCUACGCCGGUAACCAGGGCAGAGCCGGCGGCCCGGAGCCCGACGCGGAGCCGGCCGCCUCCGUUCCCGAGAGCCACGAGCACGAGCGGAUCCCUCGGCCCCUCAGCCCCACCAAGCUGCUGCCUUUCCUGUCGCACCCGUACCGGAACCAGAGCGACGUGGACUUGGAAGCUCUGCGCAAGAAGCUGUCCAACGCCCCCCGGCCCCUGAAGAAGCGGAGCUCCAUCACCGAGCCAGAGGGGCCCAACGGGCCCAACAUCCAGAAGCUGCUGUACCAGAGGACCACCAUCGCUGCCAUGGAGACCAUCUCCGUGCCAUCCUACCCGGCCCCGCCGAGCGCAGUGCCCGCCGGCCCCGAGAGCCCCGUGGAGAUCCAGAACCCGUACGCACACGCGGAGCCCGAGAAGGAGGCGGUUUCCCUGGCUCCGGAGCCCGUGGCCCCAGAGGCAGCCGCCAGCGCCAGCGCAGAGGACAGCGACCUGCCAGCCCCUCUCCUGGGCCCCGACUACGUGUCCGAGGGAGCCCCCGACCCCAGCCCGAGUUUCCAGAACAGCGUGGAGGAACCGAACCCGGAGGCCCCCCACGUGCUGGAGGUGUACCUGGAGGAGUACCCCCCCUACCCUCCGCCUCCGUACCCGUCGGGGGAGCCCGAGGGGCUGGGGGAAGACUCCGGGAGCAUGCGUCCGCCUGAGAUCACCGGGCAGGUGUCGCUGCCUCCGGGCAAAAGGACCAACUUACGUAAGACUGGCUCCGAGCGGAUUGCUCACGGAAUGAGGGUGAAGUUCAACCCCCUGGCCUUGCUCCUGGAUUCCUCUUUGGAGGGGGAAUUUGACCUUGUGCAGAGGAUUAUCUACGAGGUGGAGGACCCGAGCCUGCCCAACGACGAGGGCAUCACGGCGCUGCACAACGCCGUGUGCGCCGGCCACACCGAGAUCGUCAGGUUCCUGGUGCAGUUCGGGGUGAACGUCAACGCUGCCGACAGCGACGGGUGGACCCCCCUGCACUGCGCGGCCUCCUGCAACAACGUGCAGGUGUGCAAGUUCCUGGUGGAGUCGGGGGCCGCCGUGUUCGCCAUGACCUACAGCGACAUGCAGACGGCCGCGGACAAGUGCGAGGAGAUGGAGGAGGGCUACACGCAGUGCUCGCAGUUCCUGUACGGCGUCCAGGAGAAGAUGGGCAUCAUGAACAAGGGCGUCAUCUACGCGCUGUGGGACUACGAGCCCCAGCAGGACGACGAGCUGCCCCUGAAGGAGGGCGACUGCAUGACCGUGCUCCGGCGCGAGGACGAGGCCGAGGUGGAGUGGUGGUGGGCGCGCCUGGGCGACCGGGAGGGCUACGUGCCCCGCAACCUGCUGGGGCUGUACCCACGAAUUAAACCAAGACAGAGGAGCUUGGCCUGA